CAGAGUCAUAGCCAUGUCCAUCACCGUCUUAUUCCUAAUCUGCCUGAUCAUGGGAGCUCUAUCCUAUGCAAAUUCGCACGAGCAUGCCGAUGGCUUCAAGCCAGAUGGCGAAAUCCUGCGCGUUCUGGUGAACAGCUCGGCCCAAAUCAAAUGCGAUGUGGGUUCCAGCCAGGCCGACGACAAAGUGCUGCUGGUGGUUUGGUACAAGAAUAAUUUACCCAUUUACAGCUACGACACACGUGGCGCCCACGCAGGCACCCCAUCGCACUGGCGGGACGAGGAGGUCCUCGAGGAUCGGGCCGUCUUUCGCACGCACAAGGAGCCGGCGGAAUUGAUUAUAAAUCCGGUUAAGGAAAAGGAUGCGGGCAACUUUCGCUGUCGCGUGGACUUCAAGCUUUCGCAGACCCGGAACAGCAAUGUCAAUUUGGAAGUUGUCGUGCCGCCGAUGGAGCCAAUUAUCUUCAACGAGCGUCGCCUGCGAAUAGAUUCAAGGGCAGGUCCCUAUGAAGAGGGUGGCAGCCUGGAAGUGACCUGCGUCGUCUACGGAGGUUCUCCGCCACCGACUGUCAUCUGGCUGAUGAAUGGCCAGCUCCAGAACAGCGUUGUCGAUUACACAUACGAUGGCGCCAUCAACAGCAAACUGGUGGUUCGCAACCUGUCACGAAUCCACCAACAUGCGGUCUACACCUGCCAGGCCAGCAAUUUCCACAAGAAAUAUGUGGCCACCAACAUAACUAUUGAGCUCUACUUGCGUCCUCUUCUGGUAGAAAUCAGCUUCAACAACCAGCCGAUGUCAGCAGAUCGAAAGUACGAGAUCGAAUGCCAGGCGAUCGGAUCGAGGCCGCCGGCCAAAAUCACCUGGUGGAUGGGCAACCUCGAACUACAUGGGCACAGUCAGAAGGUCUCUGAGGAUGGCAAUGUAAGCACUUCGGUGCUAUCGAUCACACCCACAAGAGAGGAUCAUGGCAAGGCAUUGUCCUGCCGGGCAACCAAUGAGCUCGUACGGAAUGGCAUCCGAGAAACGGCCAUGAAAUUGAAUGUUUUCUUCAUUCCCACCUUGCAGCUGGACCUGGGCUCCAAUCUAAAUCCGGAGGAUAUCGAGGAAGGCGAUGAUGUUUACUUCGAGUGUAAAGUGCAUGCAAAUCCGGCUGCUUAUAAAGUUGUAUGGAAGCAUAAUCACCAAAUCAUCCAGCACAACCAGCGAGCGGGCGUGAUUGUCAGCAGCGGAGAUCUGGCGCUCCAAGGAGUCACUCGUCACCAGGCUGGCAACUACACCUGUACCGCCUCAAAUGUUGAGGGCGAUGGAGACUCCAAUGUGGUCGAGCUGAAAGUGAUGUAUAAGCCAAUUUGCCGGCCCGAUCAAAAGAAAAUCUAUGGAGUGGCGCGGAACGAGGCGGCCGAAAUCGUUUGCGAAGUGGAUGCCUUUCCGCCGCCGGAGAACUUCAAGUGGUCCUUUAACAACACGGCGGAGACCUUCGACAUGCCGCAGAGUGGUUUCCGGCCACAUUCCGCCCAGGGCUCCACCCUAACCUACACGCCCGUCAAGGAAAUGGACUUUGGCACCAUCAUGUGCUGGGCCGACAACAAUGUGGGUCAGCAGAAGGAGCCCUGUGUGUUCCAUUUGAUAGCCGCUGGCAAACCGGAAGCGCCCACCAAUUGUACGGUGGUCAAUCAAACUUCCGACUCGCUGGAGGUUUAUUGCAUUGAAGGGUUCGAUGGCGGAAUGCGGCAGUGGUUCCUCAUGGAAAUCUUCGAUCAGCACAGUGGCCAGCUGCAGGCGAACAUCAGUGCCAAGUUCGCGGCCUUGAGCGUUACGGGAUUGGAUGCUGGCCGCCUGUUCCGCAUAUAUGUGUAUGCCGUUAAUGGACGGGGCCGCAGUGAUGCCAUUGCCCUCGAUGGAUACACCCUGAAGGCGGCCGAGAAACAGACGGUCGCCUUGACCUCGUACAAGGGCAGUGCCCAAAGUCCGGACAACUUCGAGCUGACACCGAUCCUGUCGAUUGGCAUCUUCGUGGGCAUCCUGGUGGCCAUCGUGUGUAUCGGGAUUGGCACAAUUGCGGCACUGAAGCUACGCUCGCACAAACAUCAGCAGCAGCAGAAAUUCGUACAUCCGAAUGCGAAAUUCUCACGUCCGGGCAAUUUGCAAAUUAAGGACAAAAUCUCGUUGCCAUUGAGUCAUUCCGAGGAGAUGUACGACGAGAAGAAUCCCGAUGUGGUGCCCUACAAUGAGGUUGAUGGUGAAUAUAAACAAAAAUCAGCAACACAAACGCCAUCGGGACAUCUUUCGACGACCAGCGAGGUGGAAAUCAGCUGCAAGCCGGGCUCAACUUCCGGCACCGGAAUCGUACAGGCCAACUCGGCGGACAGUGGCACCUAUCAGAGCAGCAAGGACGAUGAGCUGCACUACGCGGAGCUGUCGCUGGCCAACAUGCCGUCCGGCAGCAGUGGCGCCUCAAAGAAGGGCCAGCCGUGUGGGGUGGUGGGUGUGGUGCAGCAGCAGCAGCAGGUGCAGCAUCCCCACCCCCUGAUGGGUGGCACCUUGCCGCACGGGUCGAGUAUGAGGAAGCUGUUGCCCACGAUUCCGGCGACGGCGACGCUGCAGCGCCACAAGCCGAAUGCGGGCGGAAUGCAGCAUCCGCACCAGCACGCUCCGCCGCCCACGUACGACUACGAUUACUUUGAGGAGCCGACGAUAUACGCGCAAAUCGAUGCAUACAAGACGAUGCAGGUGGACACAACAGGUGCUGGAGCAGGAGCAGGAGCAGCCGGGUCAGGGGUCACGGGCGCCGGGGCAUGCAUCUCCUCGCCCGGAUCGCACGGCACCCCCUCGACCGUUUCGCCUGGCACCGUGCAGAUGUACACCCUGCCCGAGCAUCCCGGUGGCUACCACACUCUGCCACACAAUCACCACGCCGGAGGAGGGGCCGGGGGGACAGGUCCACAGAACUCCACUUCGAUGAUGCAAAUGAUGCAGCACCAGUUGCACCACCAUCCCGCGCCCAACAUGCCGCCCUCAUACCAGCAGCACCAGCAAAACCAGCAGCACCAGCUGACCCACGGCCAGAUGCUGGUCUCGAGCAACAGCAGUGGACUGGCCUCCACCACGGCAGCGGUGGCCAGUCCCAGCAGUUCGCUGUCGGGCCUCUCGGGCGUGGGAAAGUCCUAUUCGCGCGAAAUCGUCACCGUUCGCACCCCGCUCAUGUACUCGCAGCAGGAGAGCUGCGUCUAAACACUAUCCUGGCCCCAAAUAUCCCCCAUUUACUAGUCAUCUAAGUCCUGAGCUCUUCGUGGUUGCUGUCUAGGCUAAGUGUUGCCAAAACGAAUUGAACUUAAAUGCAGCAUUCAAGAGAAUUGAAGUGAAUCGUUUGUGUGCUCUUGGAGGAACUGAUUAUCUUUAAAUAAAAAGGCUUAUCACAAGGCUGCCACAUAAGUCCUUUUCAUUUCAGAGAAGACACCGAAAAGGGAUUUUUUUCAUGUUUCGUCGUGGGCAUUUUUUGAAUAGGUUCCUUGUACACGUUCAAUAAGAAGAUAUUUCUUUUUGCUCCGGCAUUCCACUUUUAGAUUUGACCAAAAGUUAAGUUUAAAAGCAUUUAACUAAAAAUUACUUUAUUUGUUUAGUUAAAACAAUAUUAACAUUUACUUUAAUUUACAAUAAAAUAGUUUUUCAUCAAAAUGUUAAUAUAAUUAAGAAAAUGUUAUUCUCUUAAUGCCCUAAUUGAAAAGUUCAAAUAUUAAAUAUAAUAGUAACUCAAAAAAAAGAUUAUAAUUUACACGUCUAAACAAGAACGUUUCAUAAAUGCGGCAUAAAAAUUUCAAAUUACUGAUAACAGUAAUUUUAAUAAAUCAAAAUUGAUUGGUGAAAAUAGGCAGAAGAAAAGAAAUAUUGAUUCGUGAUUUAUGUUUUGUAGGAGUUCCAGCGUAAACGGCAAAAUGCUCAAAAGAAGACAGAUAAAUUUAGUUUUUAAGGUCUACUUUUGAACAUUUAGAAGCAGAAGAGGAAUGUUCCUUCCUUAUAGUAAGUACUCAGAUGGACACUCAGUCAUUGCAAUAUUUUUUCAAGAUAUUACUUCACAAAUACAUAUGAAUUAUCUUCCCAAGGAGACUUUGUAAAUGUUUGUAAAUGUCAGCUGGCGAGUAAAGAGCAGCAUUUUCUAGCAAUUAGGCUCAAAUCUAGUAUAUAUCUAGUAAGUAUAUCCUUGAUAUAAUAGACUUAAAGCUCACUCUCACUCAACCAAAGAUAGGCGAGCAAUGCGAAGGCGCAACUUCUUGGCAAUUAUAUUGAAAAUAAAUUACAUUAUUCGUAUCUAUGGAAAACAAUAUAAAUAGUACGAACACAUAUACAUAAACACAAAUAAGAAAUUAGAUGCAAUUAGAUUAGCAUAAAUUAAUACUAAGUAUUAAUGUGUAAAUAGCAAAAUCGUAAAUCAAAUUUAUUUUACAAAAACCAAAAGCAAAUCAAGCUGAAAUGCAGCAAAGUAAUGAAUGUAAAUUAUUUGCACAUUCGAUGCGAAAAACUCCAAAAGACUAUAAAUAACAAAAAGAAAAUACAACAUGGACCUAUCGUUGGUAUGCAAACUUUGAAAACGUAAAAAUAACAAAAGGGAUAAUUGUUGUUUGUAAAUUGCAUUUAUAUAUCCAUUCGUAUUUUUCUCUUCAAUGUAUAAAUAAAUGUUUGAACUGUGAAAAGGUAUAAAAAUAAAGAAAUAAAUGCACCUUGUAAAUUAUUGUUACAUUUUAAUAUUUGUGUUUAGUGAAUGGAGAUGUGAACACACAAACAAAACGAAAAGCGAAAGUAUGUAUGAAACACAAUGUUGAGCUGUAUUUGUAAUAGACAGGAAUAAUGGCCAAGCAAGGCAAAUGCAAUUUCCGUUCCCAAACUAGUUAAACGGAAAAGAUCGAAAAUUAAAUAAAAAUGAAACAAGUGAUUUCUCUUACAUCAAUUAGAAUAAAUUACAAAGAAACGUACACAUAUAUGUUGGUCAUCAUCUGCGUAUAUUUCUGCAUGUAAGUGUUCCAACCAAUAUGAAUCUAAACUAAGUGUAGCUAAUUUAACAUCUAAACGAAGCCAUAAAAGAUAAUUGUAAAAUAUAUUAAAGAUUUAGUUUAAAGCAAGACAUAUACUCUACAAAUGAAUUAUGAAUGUAUGUUACGAUUAAGCACUCGAAACGAUAUGGAAAAUACCCCUCCCCUAUCCCAAUGAAUACAAGGAAUACAAUAAAAACUUGAGACACAAAAAAUAAACUGAACAGCAAACAACUGAAUGAACUCAACCAAAUAAAUCCAUACAA